UACCAUCUAUAUUUGAUGAAAUGACAGAUGUAUUUGGAAAAACUCAAUGACUCUUCAGCAGUUUUACAGAUGUUAUUAAGGAACCUUAAGAUCCUGUCUGGGAUGAAGUGGAACAUUUGUGGACUCCUGCUCAUUUUACCUGCCCUCUUCAGCAUAUCUGCAGAAGGAAAGAAAAACUGUAAAGAAGGAAAUCAUGGACAUGUAUGUAGUCCUGUCAUGAGGGAAAAUAAACAAAAUCAGGAUGGAACUGAUAUGGAGAUGGAUAUGUUUAUACUGGGUGAUGAUGGUUUCAUGGGAUACAUUGAAGCAGGUAAAUGUAUUAAUGGUAAAUGGGACCCAAAGGCGAGCCAGUCUACUAUUCUGUGCAAUUCUAGUGGAUCAUUAGUAACACCAAAACCAAUCAACAUGACUGUCUUUUCGUAUGAAGAAAAUACAGCUUAUACAGAAAGCUUGUUUAACAACAGUGACUAUGGUGUGAUUUUAUCAAGAUACUCACCAUACAAUCUCAGCAUAAACAGAGCUGUUAUACCCACAUUUGUCUGUUUAAUUGAAGGGAAUUGCACAAAUAUUACUUUGAACACUUGGAUUAAUCAAGGAUGUAACUGGACUAACAAAACCACAGAAUAUUUUGAAUACAAAAGUGAGGACAAUUCUAAAAAAUCAUGUCAAAUGACCUGCCUGAAUGUGAUAAGGUUAUGUGAGAUUUCAGAAUAUGAUCCCAGCUGUAGCGAUGAAAAUUCAGGUGAUGAAGAUAAAAUAAACAAACUUGGGAUCUUUAAUAAAACUGCAACUUGUUAUAAGUGUGGAAGUCCUUUUCAAGUUGUGGAAACAAUCCCUUUACCCGAUGAAUUAUCAAAACAAUUCAAUGCUAAUGAAACAGAGACAGAUGCUGAGACAGCUGCUGGGGCAAUGAAAAAUCUCUCCAGUCUGCUGUCUUUUAUGGGGAAUUUGACCAUUGCCUCUGUAUCUAUGGGUAAUGUUAAAGGGGUUUUAAAGAAAAUUCAAAGUGAGUCCAAAAUCACAACAUCCUACUUCAUCUACUCUUCAACAACUGGCAUCAGAGUUUUAGAUGAUGUUGCUGUACUGGAGAAAUAUCCCAACGCUUUCGGUAUUCCAGCGGAAGCAGCUAACAAAGCGCUCAACCAAAGUGCAGGAAGCGCUUUUAUGGGUGUUUUCCGCUUUCCUAACAUGUCAAAGGAUGCAGAGAAUAGUACGGUUUUGAAUGAUGAGGUUUAUGCCAUCGAAAUGGGGACAAAAAUUUCAAAUCUGAGUGACCCCAUCAGCUUGACAUUCAAAUAUCAGGAGACUAAGGAAACUCCGGUUUGUCACUCAUGGGAUGGAAGCGGAAAUAAGCCAAACUGGACAACUGAAGGGUGCAAUACCACUAAAGGAGGAACCAAUGUAACAUGUCAAUGCAAUCAUUUGACUUUCUUCGCUGUGCUUAUGAUCUCUCCAGACAUAACCAUUUCUGAAAGCGACCUCACUGCUCUCACCUACAUCACUUACAUCGGCUGCGGCCUCUCCUUGUUUUUCCUGUCCAUCGGGCUCUUCAUGCACUUCCUCAUGAGGAGAGUGAAGGCCACUGAUUCUAUCCGUGUGCUGAUUAAUCUCUUUGUGGCGCUGUUCCUGCUCAACGUGGCCUUCCUGUCGAAUGAGUACGUAGCACGUAUGAAGGACGUCAACGCCUGCAAGAUCAUGGCUGGAUUCAUGCACUACUGCUUGCUGGCCAGUUUCAACUGGUUUGCGGUGGAGGCUUUUCACCUCUGCCUGCAGAUGGCCAAACACUCAGUCACCAUCAAACAUUACAUGAUCAAGAUCUCUGUGGCUGGUUGGGCUCCUCCUGCUCUUGUUGUCAGUAUCAUUUACGUCUUGGGCAAAUAUGGUGAGCAGACCAUAAAAACGGAGACGAGCAACGUAACUAUGUGCUGGAUUUUAGACUCUAAUAUCCACUACUAUGUGAACAUCGGUUAUUACUGCCUCAUCUUCAUCUUCACCUUCAGCACCUUCGUUGUGGUGCUGCGAUGGCUCUCCAUGCUGAAGUUCAGCAAGCUGAACAAGGCUGGAAAGGUGAAGCUCUCAGGUACCGACACCACUGACAUCACCACCAUCCUGGGCCUCUGCUGCAUGCUGGGACUCACCUGGAGCUUCGCCUUCUUCAGCUACGGAGCUAUGCGUCUGCCCUCGUAUUACAUAUUCACCAUCCUGAACUCCUUCCAAGGAUUUUUCUUGUUCAUAUAUUACUUGAAAGCAAGCACCCUCUUUGGAGACUCGGCGCCUUCAGAGGAGAGUGUCACGACUGAAGAAACUGUUACAGAAAAUCCAUACGAAGAUCUAGCAACAGAAGACACCAAAAAAAUUAUCUGACUGUAUACAUUUGAAAUGACCUGUCUAUUGAUAUUUUACCUUCAUUUGUAUUAUAAAAGUGAGUCAAUUCAAUGCAAAUUAUUCCCUGUCACAUAUGCAGCUCUUUUUUGAACUCUUCAGAAUUUUAAUAAUUUGUACUCUUUUCAAUUCAUGAGUUUGAACUGAUUUUAAUUGCGCAACAGGAAGUUGAAUUGACAGCUUAAUUGCAUUUUAAAGAAAUUCAAAGUAAAGGGAGCAAAUAAAAAAUAAUAAUAUAUAAUAAAUUUAAUAAAUAAUAUGUUUAUUAAAAGCAGCAAAACGUUGAUGUGUAUGUUAUCAUUUUUAACCAGUUCGUCUGUCAGUAAAUUCUUGUAUUUAUUUUAUAUAAGUAGUUUCUAUAGGCCUACAAGUUUAACUUUCUAUUAUGUUUCCUUCCCUGUAUGCAUUUUACUGAAGAUGUCACAUAAACUCGUAAUAA